GCUGAGGUGGCAGAGCGUCUGACUGGACUGUCACGGAAUGCAAAGCGGGUUCGUGAUCGAAAUGCUAGGGCGGCGGCGAAGAAGUUGGCUCAGGCCAAAUCUCAGGCCUCCCACAUGCUGCAAUCGAAUGCAGAAGUGAAGCGUGGUCGCCCGCGUAAGUCGUCACGACCCCUAUUGGAGUCGAACAAGCGAAGUGUCUCCAGAAGUACUGUGCAGACAAGACCUCGACGGUCGGUGAACACUCGUCAUCACAUCGAUUGGAAGUUCUGUUACGGCGGUGCAAGUGAGAAUGCGAAGCUGCAGAAAAGUAGUGAGGUCGCAACCACCCGUAAACGUCGUGCACCUGUGUCUGGUCAUACGUCUACAGAUGAAGACGAGGAGGGGGAGGUCGAAGGAGAGCCGAGGGAGCACACGAGAGGAUUGGAGGAGGCGAGAGGCGAGGGAGGUGAGACAAAGCAUGAGACUGGGGUCGGUCGACGCGAGGGGAUUGGUGUCGAGGCGGACAUUGCGUAUGUGAAGAGCGUUGGGAGUGUGGCGUUGAAGGAGUCAAAUGCACCGCGUGGAGGUGAUUUGAGGAGAUGUGCAAGGUCGAUGGUGUUUGAGAGGAAGCGUCGAAGGAAUGCACUUCGAUUGGUAGGCACACCGUCAAGAUCACGGUCUAGGAGCUCGUCGGAGUUGUCAAAUGACUUUGAUGGAGGUGAAAGGUGUUACACACGUAAGGUUGCCGUUGUCAGUCAGUCGCGUGAAGUGGGCUUUCCUGCGGGUCAACGCAAAAAAGGGAGUUCUUUCUACGACAGGUCUUCGAGAGUGUUUGCAACUGCAAGGAAUGCUGCUGCCUCUGCCACGGUAUGUGGUGAUGAGGAGCACAUGGAGAGGGUGCGUGGUGGUCAUCAUCAUCGACGGGAUUUGCAUCGAAGACUCACCUUGCUUGACCGUGUAGUGUUAGGUCUGACGUGUAGUGUGGUGCAGGAAGGUGACGAGAUUCACAUCAAGCAACUGCACAGCGAUGAUCUCAGUAUGCUCCUGCAGCGUGUAACUGACACUGGCUUCAGUAUCAAUGGACUCUCUACCAAAACCAAUGCCAAUGGUGAACAGGAGUUCAACAUUACUCUCACCUAUCAUCCCAGAGCCGAGACAUCGGUUAGACAGGUGAGGAAGCACAGUAUUUCGGUUGCACAGUCGUCUCCAUCUGCAACGGCGUUAGCAUCGAAUGCUUUUCGCGGUGCACAGGCCCUUUCACCGGCUCCUGUUGCUGCUGCUGCUGCUGCUGCUGUUAGUGGGAGUGGUGGUGCCGCUGGCGAUACUUUGUGCUCAGAUACUCACUCUGAUGGCGAGGGUGGAUUGAAAGGUCGUGAGGUGGCAGUGUGCAACUCGCCACCGUCUCUGCGGCCCAGUUCUACUAUGGGUUUCAGCAGGAGUCGCGUAUUGAGUGUGGCAGCUCGUCGGAGAGGUGUGCAGUCAAGUGGGGGACGCAUGUUGCAUCCGUUGCAUCGUAUGGGAAUGCGGCAUUUGAGUGCUGCUGCGGCUGCAGCUGCGGCUGCAGCUGUUGCUCGGUCGUCGGGAGGUGUGGCGCGACGUCCGCGCUCACGAGACAGCAAUGCAGUGGAGGGUGAUAGUGACGGCGGAGAGGCGGUAUCUCAUGCUCCUCAGCCUCAUCAUUCAGCUUCUCCGUUUGUGCUGCCCCUCGCCGGAGGGCUAAGUUUUCGUCGACAUAGCCCCAGAAAGGUUAUCCGCAAGGUAUACACGGGCACCUCAACAGUGCCAAAAAUUUUGAACAGGAGGCGUCUAUUGAUCGCCGGUGGUGCCCAUUUGUCAUCUCAACAAGCAUCACAGCCAUCGGCGGCAUCGUUUGCACUUUCACAACCAACUACGACAGUGGGGACAGCGGGAGUGACGAUGUCGAUGUCGACUGGAGGAGGCGGUGGGGAAGAGGUGGUGGUGGCGGCAGUGGCGACGACGACGACAACAACAACGACGGUGGCGACGGCGGCGGCAGAAAAUAAGUCGUCGCAGCCAUUUUCUCGGGUGUAUGGCCCCGUUGCAAUCGAAGCAGUAGCAACGGAGACACUGGUGGAGUCCUCGGAGAAGAGUCAGCGGGCAAGCAGAGGGUCAGGUGAAGAAGUGGUACACAUGGGCAGUCCCACUGUCGGUGCUGGUCCCAGUUCGUCUGGAGGAUCUGUGUCGGAGGUGGUCGCUACGACCAUCGCUGUCGCUGCAACAACUGUUACUGGUGCAGUAGCGAAGCUACAGGCGGUGUCUGUGAGCGAAGAGGAGGGUCACAAGAAUCCAGCGAACUCGAUGUGUGCCAGUCAACUACUGCGUCUGAAACGGCAUCAUGAUGAACAGCCUCAAAUGUCGUCAAUGGAGGCUGCUCCACCAACGCCUUUGCCUCCGUCACUACCCCUACCUUCAUCAAAAGUUGGUGCAUCGUCACCGGCCUUGUUGUCGUCACAGUCUGUGCAGAAGGGUCAG